AUGAAGUCUGCUCUCUUGUACCUGCUCGCCCCUCUAACGGCAUUGGCCGCUCCUGCUGAACUCGCCGAACGACAGGCUGCCGACAGCAUCGACGCGUUGAUCAAGGCUAAGGGAAAGCUGUACUAUGGAACUUGCGCCGACCAGAACCGUUUAUCAAGCGGAAAGUCUGCCGAUGUCAUCAAGGCAGACUUCGGCCAGGUGACGCCCGAGAACAGCAUGAAGUGGGACAGCACCGAAUCCUCCGAAGGAAGAUUCAACUUCGCCGGCGCCGAUUACCUUGUCGACUGGGCCACGGCAAACAACAAGACCAUCCGUGGACACACUCUAUGCUGGCACUCCCAGCUGCCCGGAUGGGUCUCUAACAUCAGGGACAAGGCGAAGCUCACCUCGGUCCUCGAGAACCACGUCACUACCCUGGUGACCCGAUACAAGGGCAAGAUCUACGCUUGGGAUGUCGUAAACGAAAUAUUCAACGAGGAUGGUUCUUUGCGCCAGUCCGUCUUCUCCCAGGUCCUAGGUGAGGACUUCGUCCGCAUUGCUUUCGAAGCUGCCCGCAAGGCCGAUCCCGAUGUCAAGUUAUACAUCAACGACUACAACCUCGACCAGCCGAACUAUGGAAAAACCAAGGGUAUGGUCGACCACGUCACGAAGUGGAUCGCCGCCGGUGUUCCCAUCGACGGUAUCGGGUCGCAGGCACACUUGACAAGCGGUCUCGCCGCCCAAGCCGCCGCCUCCAUCAAGGCCCUAGCCGCCACCGGUGUUAAGGAGGUUGCCUUCACCGAAGUAGAUAUCCAGACCGCACCCGCCAACGACUACGCACAAGUCACUAAGGCCUGCCUCGACGAGCCCAAGUGUGUCGGUAUCACCGUCUGGGGUGUUCGAGACCCCGACUCCUGGAGAGCCAGCACCAACCCCCUGCUAUUCGACAGCGGCUUCAACCCCAAGCCCGCGUAUACUGCUGUUGUUAACGCCUUGAAAUAG